GAAGAUUUUGGUUUAACUAUUUGCUAUCCUACCCAAAAAAAAUUAGGCCCUCAUAUAUUAAAGUGGCGCUAAUCGGUCGUUCAUAUUACAGAUCUCCGAAGUUUGAAACAGAUUCACAGUGCAUCCUUCUUCAGACAUGGCAUCCAAUGGCUUGUGUCCUUCGAUAAAAAACAUUCUUCUUUUAGACUCUGAAGGGAAGCGUGUUGCGGUCAAGUAUUAUUCAGAUGACUGGCCAACAAACAGUUCAAAGGUAGCUUUUGAGAAGUUUGUGUUCAGUAAAACUGUUAAGACUAAUGCGCGGACAGAAGCUGAGAUAACACUACUUGAGAACAAUAUCAUUGUUUACAAAUUUGUGCAAGACCUUCAUUUCUUUGUCACUGGUGGUGAUGAUGAGAAUGAGCUCAUUUUGGCAUCGGUUCUUCAAGGAUUCUUUGAUGCAGUCACCCUUUUGCUGAGGAACAAUGUUGACAAAAGUGAGGCUCUUGAGAACUUGGAUCUCAUUCUUCUAUGCCUUGAUGAGAUUGUUGAUGGAGGGAUUAUACUUGAAACAAAUGGACCUCUUAUAGCCGAAAAAGUGACCUCCCAUAACAUGGAUGCUGAUGCCCCCUUGUCAGAGCAGACACUAACUCAGGCAUGGGCUACAGCCAGAGACACUUUUACAAGAACUCUUUUGACAUGAUUCUCUUAUGAUGAUGUACUUAAAUGUGUUGUUGCUUAUAUUAAUUUUAGUAGUUAAGUUUUUUUGUUAACAAGAGUUGUUUUAUUUUAUCCCCCCAUUUUAAUUUGUAUUUUUUCACAAAAUGGAAAAACAAUAUACUAAAUCCAGUCUUUUACUAAGAUCUGGAAUUGCUUUCCUGAAUUCAAGUUACUUUGUUAUGACCACCAUUACCAUUUUUUUUCUUGCAA